CUAGAUCAAGAGCUCGUGGUUCCCCAUACAAAAUAUUACUUACUGAUUAUGAAAAUGUCUGUGAGGAUGUUAUGAAAUUUAUACAAAAUUUAGAAAGUUCUAAAGAUCUGAAUAAAGUUAUUAAGA